AAAAUUUUCAAGCGUCCAAAUCAUUGACAAAGUUGUUAGCGAGCAACAGAGUUAAAUUCCAAAAAUAACGUGUUUCAAAGUAUUAAAAAGAUGUCACAAGUUGAGAAUGGGUGGUACCGCGAAAUGAAUGAACAAUGGGAAGGUUACAGUGUAGGGUUAAAGAUAGAGAAAGUGUUAUUUGAAGGAAAAUCGCAAUAUCAAGACAUUCUCGUUUUCAAAAGUUCAUCAUUUGGGAAUGUUUUGGUAUUAGAUGGCUGUAUACAAUGUACUGAGCGAGAUGAAUGCUGUUACCAGGAAAUGAUUGCACAUUUACCACUUUGUUGCCAUGCCAACCCAAAAAAUGUACUUGUUGUAGGAGGAGGAGAUGGGGGUGUGGUUAGGGAGGUGCUUAAACAUAACACUGUCGAAAAAGUAACACUGUGUGAAAUUGAUGAGAAAGUGAUAGAAGUAUGUAAGGAGUUUCUUCCAAACAUGGCCAAUUCUCUAGCAGAUCCCCGGUGCUAUGUACAUGUUGGUGAUGGCGUACAGUAUAUGAAAGAAAAUAAAAAUUGUUUUGAUGUAAUUAUCACUGAUGCACCAGAUCCCAUUGGGGCAGCAAAAGGCCUGUAUGAAUUAGACUAUUACAGAUGUUUGAAGGCAGCUCUUAAACCAGAUGGAAUUAUUUGCAGUCAAGGAGAAAACCUGUGGUUAGAUCUUCAUAUAGUGGAGAAGUUGUUGUCAGGGUGCCGCAGUUUAUUUCCAAGUACAGGAUAUGCAUUUGCCAGCAUGCCCACAUACGCUGGUGGGCAGAUUGGAUUUGUUAUGGCCAGCAUUAAUCCAGAUAUUUGUUUUGAUGAGCCAGUUAGAAAGUUUACAGAUGCCAUGAUUGACAAGCUGCAGUUAAAGUUUUAUAAUCCAGAAAUACAUAAAGCUGCUUUUGUUUUGCCAACAUUUGCUAAAAAGGUUUUAUUUCCUAAAUCAGGAAAACAAAAGAACGGAGUUCAUGAUGACGGAGAUACAUAAACUUUUGUACCUCCA